GUAGUUCUGAGCUCGGGUAUCAGAAUGUUAAGUUAGAAUUCGAAUUGAUGGGGCAUUCGAGGUGGUGAUGCAUGGAAGCGUUUCAGGAUUUCUUCUAGUAAAUGCUGAGGUUGAUUCCAUGGGAGGAGUUAUUGAUUGUGGAGCUGGUAUUGGUGUCAAAACUUCUCCGCGCCGAACAGCAAUUGAGAAGGCUCAAGCGGAGCUAAGGCAAGAGUAUGAUGUCCGUGAGGAAAGGAGGAGAGAAUUGGAGUUUCUGGAAAAAGGCGGUAAUCCCUUGGAUUUCAAGUUUGGUAUUGCAACUUCACAUAGCGUCCAAUCUACAUCACUCACAGAUCAGCAAGCAGAGCAUUUUGUAAACAGUGAAGUCAAGGAUAGUUUUGCCUUGACUGCCUCACCACAUGGAGACUCUGUGGAGAGUAGCGGUAGACCUGGAGUUCCUACAAUUUCUGAACCUAAUACAGCAGAUAAUCUUUUACUGUUUGAUUCUGAAAACAAGUCAGUUGAAGGAGAAAGAAAUUUGAGAUAUCCUAAUAGGCAAAACAGAACUUCUGAGUCAGAACGAUCUUCCAAAGCAAACACCAACCAGAAUACCAAAGAAACAGAAGAUUCUGCCAUCUUUCGCCCAUAUGCUCGGAGGAACAGAUCAAAGAUAAAUCGGGAUCCAGCGCGGUCAAGCUCUACAGAUUUAGUUCAGAAUCGUGGUGGUCUUGCAACAUCUAUAUCCAUUCGCAGAGGAUCAGUGGAAGGAAAGGGUUGCAUUCCCGAAGCAGCCAAUCAAAAGGAUAGGCAUACAACUUCUGUAUCUUGUCCAAUAUUUGCAAAUACAAAUGGUAAUAAUGUUCCAAAAAAUAGAGUUCCCAGCAAUUCUCUGAAUACUAAGGUGGAUGGUGAACCUGUUGUACGAGAGAGUACUGCUGGAUCCAAGACUAGUCUAUUUAAAGAUGAAGCCGACAUUACAUAUAGAAAAAGCUCUGCAUAUUUGCCAGUUGGAGAGUCUGGCCUUGCUGGGGAGAAGGCACAGCUAGUUUCGAGUGGUACAGAGAUUGGUUCUCCCAAAGCUGCGACAAUAGCUGGGCAGGAAAAUAAUUCUACCCAACUGAAUGGCCUAAGAGAUUCCAUGGGAGAGGAAGAAAGCUUAACAAGUAGAGGAGCUGCAGGGACUAAAGGGAUAGAGUCAGAGUCUUCUCAUGCUAACAACGUAGAAGUAGAUGUAGAUAAUGAAAGAGAUCUUUAUAAAGUGGACAAACUUGACUCUGAUGAAAUCUCUAUGCAGAAGACUUUGAGAGUAGAGGGGUUACUGGAUCAAACAGUUGGUGAAAUAAGGCAAACUAAGAUUGAAGAUGAGACAGGUCAAUCUACCACCAUUAUUACUGAGUGCAUUCCUGAGCGUGAAAUGCAGAUGAAAUCGGUUAAAAUUGAAAAUCAAAGUCAUAGAAGUACAGCUGAGAUGCAAAAUGAGGAGAAAGGUUUUGAGACUGAGAAAAGGCUUCAAGAUGGGUUGGUUGUACCCGAAAAUGACAGGAAAGUUGGUAGUAUUUUACCUGAAAAUCCUAGCAGCUCGUUGUGCUCGGGAAUUCCUCAAGCAUCUGUGGACACAAGUUCUUGCACAGCUGGCAAUAAUUUAUUGUCAGGAACUGAUAUUGAAUCACUAAAACAUCAGCCGAGCUCAGAUGCAGUUGUGUUAGAUACUAUCAAGGAGGACUCUAUCCUUGAAGAGGCACGGAUUAUACAGGCAAAGAGAAAAAGAAUUGCCGAGUUAUCUUUUGGUACUGCACCAGUGGAGGUCCGUGAGAAAUCUCAAUGGGAUUUUGUCCUCGAAGAAAUGGCAUGGCUGGCAAAUGAUUUUGCGCAGGAGCGCCUUUGGAAGAUGACUGCUGCAGCACAAAUUUGCCAUCGAGUUGCUUUGACUUGUCAGUUGAGAUUUGAGGAACGAAAUCAGCACAAAAAGCUGAAAAAAAUAGCUUCAUUCCUAUCUAAUGCUAUCUUAGAAUUCUGGAGUUCUGUGGAGGUUCCUGGGGAGCUAGAGGAGACGAGCUUGGGUAUUGUUAAGGAGACUUGCCAAGAAUCUAAUUGUGUGAAUGGCAGAGUAUGUUUAGCUGGGGGUGUCAAGGAGUAUGCAAGUAGAUUUUUGAAGUACAACAACUCUUCCAUCUCCUAUCAUUCAGCUGCACUGUCAACACCGGACAAUAUGUGCGACCCAGAAAUAUUGGAUAUAUCUAUGGUUGAUCAGCUUACAGAAGCAAGCCUCUUUUAUUCAGUUCCAUCUGGUGCAAUGGAGGUGUACCAUAAGUCCAUUGAGUCACAUCUUACACGCUGUGAGAAGUCUGGAAGUAGCAUGCAGGAGGAGGUUGAUACAUCAGCCUAUGAUACUGCUGGAGGAUAUAAUGGUACUGCGUUCGAUGAGGAUGAAGGAGAAACAAGUACCUAUUAUCUUCCAGGAGCUUUCGAGUCUAGCAGAUCAUUUAAUAUAAGCCACAAAAAAAGGAAGAAUCUGAUGAAGUCUCAUUCUGCCCGGUCAUAUGAUCUUGGGGAUGAUUUACAAUACGUCAACUACACAGGUGGCUCUAACUCAUCAAGUUUGAUGGCAAAAAGGCCUGCCAGUAAUAUUAAUGCCGGCUCAGUUCCGACGAGGCGAGUGCGCACUGCUUCCAGGCAGAGGAUUGUGAGUCCUUUUGGGUGUGCUACUGCUGGGAAUUUACCAGUGCCCUCGAAGACAGAUGCGUCUAGUGGGGAUACUAGUUCUUUCCAGGAUGAGCAAAGUAGUUUGCAUGGUGGAUCGGCAGUCCAAAAAGGCACAGAGGUUGAGUCAAGUGUUAAUUUUGAAAAGAUGUUACCUUAUGACAUGGCUGAAACCUCAGGAAGACCUAAAAAGAAGAAGAAAACUCAUCAGGGAUCCGCAUAUGACCAAACCUGGCAUCUCGAUCCGCCAGUCCAUGUUGAACAGAAGGACCACUGGAAGAAGCGACCAGAGAAUCAUUUCGAUAUGAAUGGCCUGUAUGGUCCUCAUAGUGCAAAGAAGCAAAAGACCACCAAGCAAUUGGUAGACAAUAAUUUUGAUAUUGCUAUUCCUCACGCUGGAUCGAUUCCUUCUCCGGCAGCUUCCCAGAUGAGCAAUAUGUCCAACCCCAACAAAUCUAUCAAAUUUAUUGGAGGUCGUGAUAGGGCCAGAAAAAUAAAAGGCCUGAAGAUUUCUCCUGGUCAGCAUGGUUCUGGAAAUCCGUGGUCACUAUUUGAGGAUCAGGCUCUUGUUGUCCUAGUGCAUGACAUGGGCCCUAACUGGGAGCUCAUUAGUGAUGCUAUGAACAGCACCCUUAAAAUUAAGUGUAUAUAUCGCAAUCCGACUGAGUGCAAGGAGCGGCAUAAGAUUCUGAUGGAUAAGACUGCUGGUGAUGGUGCUGAUAGUGCUGAAGAUUCAGGGAAUUCCCAGUCUUAUCCAUCCACUUUGCCUGGCAUCCCAAAGGGAAGUGCGAGACAGUUGUUUCAACGACUGCAAGGGCCAAUGGAGGAAGAUACCCUGAAGUCUCAUUUUGAGAAGAUUUGUUUGAUUGGGAAGAAGUUACAUUAUAGAAAGACACAGAAUGAUGGUCGGGAUCCCAAGCAAAUAGUACCAGUUCACAAUUCACAAGUCAUGGCUCUUUCUCAAGUAUUCCCGAAUAAUCUGAAUGGAGGUGUUCUUACGCCCCUUGAUGUCUGUGAUGCAUCAACUUCAGGUCAAGAUGUAUUUUCACUUGAAAAUCCAGGUCUUCCUAUGUUAAAUCAGGGAACGCCAGUGCUCCCUACUUCUGGAGCACAUCCAUCCACUCCUGGAUCGUCUGGUGUGGUUCUGAGCAACAAUUUGCCAACCACGUCUGGCCUACAGAGUGCUUCUGUCAGGGAUGGUAGAUUCAAUGUUCCUAGAGGGUCUUUGCCACUUGAUGAACAACACCGACUACAACAAUUUAAUCAGAUGUUAUCCGGUAGAAACCUACAGCAGCCCUCCUUAUCAACUCCUGGAGCUGUCUCAGGAUCUGAUCGUGGACAUCGCAUGGUUCCGGGUGGAAAUGCUAUGGGUGUAACUGGAAUGAACAGGAACACACCCAUGUCAAGGCCUGGUUUCCAAGGGAUGGCCUCAUCAGCAAUGCCAAAUACUGCUAGUAUGCUUUCUUCUGGUAUGGUAGGAAUUCCAAACACUGGAAAUGUUCAUUCCGGAGGAGGAGCUUCUCAAGGAAACUCCAUGCACAGGCCUCGUGAAGCUGUGCAGCAUAUGAUGCGGAUGCAGGCUGCUCAAGGGAACAGUCCGGGGAUCCCAGCUUUCAGUAAUUUGAGUUCUGGAUUUACCAACCAGACAACUCCUGUUCAGGCGUACCCAGGCCAUCUUUCCCAGCAACAUCAGAUGUCACCGCAGUCACAUGUGCUUGGCAACUCGCAUCAUCCUCAUCUCCAGAGCCCAAGUCAAGCCACUGGGGCACAGCAGGAAGCAUUUGCUAUCCGUCAAAGGCAAAUACACCAGAGGUAUUUGCAGCAACAGCAGCAGCAGUUUCCAGCAUCUGGUACUAUGAUGCCACAUGUACAACAACCUCAGGGCUCUUCUGUUUCUUCUUCUCCACAAAACAGUCCUCAGACUCAACCACCUGUUUCGCCCCAGCCAUUAUCGAUGCCCCCAGUGUCUCCCUCUCCUAGUAUUAAUGCUAUGGCACAACAGAACCCUAAAAAAUCUCAGUUGCCGCUUCAUGGUCUGGGUAGGAGUCCUCAGUCUGGUACUUCUGGAGUGAACAAUCAAGCUGGAAAACAACGGCAGCGACAACUUCAGCAGCAGUUGCAGCAGUCUGCAAGACAACAUCCACACCAGCGGCAGCCAACACAAGGUCAACAGCAGAAUAAAAAGGGGAUGGGUAGAGGCAACAUGAUCCAUCAGAACAUCACUGUUGAUCAGUCACACCUGAAUGGUCUUACCAUGGCCCCAGGAAAUCAGGCUACCGAAAAAGGAGAAUCAGCGGUUCCAGUUAGGCCUGAUCAGCAGUCUAGUGCAGGGACUACCACGAGCACACAUCUGCAGUCUAAACCAUUUGUUCCUCCCUUAUCUUCAAAUCAUUUACAGCAACUGCCAAAAUCAUUCUCUGGUGCUUCGUCUCCGUCCCAACAGCAGAUGCAAUUACAUUCAGACAAUAGCAUCCAAGGCCAGACCUCACCUGCGGCCCCAUGUAACAUCUUAUCCACCUCUAGCCCGUCAAUUACACCAGCAGUUGCACCUUCUAACCAUCAGCAUUUGUUGAUACACCAAAAGCAGCGCAAUCAAGUGCAAUCAGCAGCUCAGCGAGUUGUUCAUCAUAAUCACCUAGGAAACUCUGAGUUAUCAAAGAAGUCCCAAGCUGAACGUAUGCCACGUGUUCCGCUAUCUGUCACCAAUACAACCCAAACUGCUAGUAUGGGUACAACCAAGGGUAUGCAUCAAGCGAGUAAUGAUUUGAAAAACAUAAAAGCAGUUGGUUCUACUGCGGUGCCUGCUUUGGAACCUCCAUCUUGUGUUGCCUCUGUGCAAAGCACUGCUUCUAAAGUAGUAAACAGUUCCAAUACGGAUUCACCUGGGAAUGAUCCAGUAUCAACACCGAACCAAGGGCUAGCUCAGAAGCAUGUAUCUGGUGGCUUGCCUAGUCACGGGAUCGAGGGUGUGACACAGAGACAACAACAGUUUCUACCUUCAGAAGAAAAGAGACCGAAGUUGCCAGAGAAGCUGACUGUACAAAAUCAGAAACACCUUGCUUCUGAGCAGCAACAGCAGCCUCAUUUAGAAGAAGCACAAGAAGUAUCAUCUUCCAAGCCUCCUGAUACAAAAGUGGAAUGAGAGGCAUGACAGAUGAACCUAGAACCUUGAGUAGCUGUAGAUCCUGCAAGGCUUAAUACUAGCUCUUACCGACAACAACCCUGUACAGGAACCCAAACUGGUUUAUCUCCUCCGCCUUCAGAUUCGGGUCCUCACUUUUUGGCAUUAACAUCAUCAAGCUGGUGAUGGUCUUUGGAUUUGGCUGAGAUGCUGUAUAACAUAACAAACUCUACAGAUUGUG